AUGGGGUCAGAUGAGUUACCUCCUUCUCCCCUCCACCACUUCACUGUCAAAACCUCAAUCGCCAUAAUCAACCGUGUCCACGCCUUUGUUCAUCUCAUCGCUAUAAUCUCAUUCAUUUACUACAGAAUCUCUUCUUUCUCUCUUCUCAAUUACCCAAUUUUCCUCUGGAUAUUAAUCUUGGUCUCCGAAUUACUUCUCUCCUUCCUCUGGCUCCUCUGUCAAGCCUUCGGAUGGCGGCCAGUUUAUCGCUCAGUUUUCCCAGAGAGGCUUCCUCCCGACGCCGAUCUUCCACCAAUCGAUGUAUUUAUUUGCACAGCCGACCCGGAAAAGGAACCGGCGGUUGGGGUUAUGAACACUGUUUUGUCGGUCAUGGCAAUAGAUUACCCACCGGAGAAACUCUCGGUGUACCUGUCGGAUGAUGCCGGAUCUCAAUUAACAUUGAACGCCGUCAGAGAAGCUUGGGAUUUCGCAAAGUCAUGGGUUCCGUUUUUCCGGAGACAUGGACUGAAAGUCACAUCGCCGGAAGCUUACUUCUCCGGCUUCGGCAGCGAUCGUGAUGAAGGAGAAGGGAGAUUCUUAGAAGAGGAGGGAGAGAUUGAGAGGAAAUACAAGUUGUUUGAGGAGCGGCUCAUGAAGAAUAUAUCAACAGAAAAUGAAGUACCAAAAGAGGCUAAUCAUGAUUCACAAAACCAUCCUUCUCUUAUUCAGGUAAUAGGAAGAAACGAGGAAUCUCCUAAUUUGCCCCGUCUAGUUUAUGUUUGUCGAGAAAAGAAUUCAUCGUACUUCCAUAAUUUCAAAGCAGGCGCCCUCAACGUUCUACUACGAGUAUCGGCCAUUAUUAGUAACGCUCCGUACAUAUUGGUUUUGGACUGCGACAUGUACUCUAACGAUCAUUCAUCAGCCCGUCAAGCUAUGUGCUUCCAUCUCGAUCCACUCAUAUCUGAGUCCUUAGCUUUUGUUCAGUUCCCGCAAAAGUUCCAUAAUGUUAGCGACAAAGAUAUUUAUGAUUCCGCGAUGAGGUCACUUUUUACGGUUAAAUGGAUGGGUAUGGAUGGUCUCCAGGGUCCAAUUGUUUCUGGGACUUGUUUGUACAUUAAGAGAAUGGCAUUGUAUGGAAUCCACAUUCCUAAAGAUGACAUAUCUCGAUUGCGAGAAUCUUUUGGGACCUCGGAUGAGUUUCUAAAAUCGAUCGAUCGAGUAUCUUCGACGAACCACGACAUGUUACAACAUGAAACUGCAAUUCUAGCCUCUUGCACUUAUGAAAGGCAAACCGAAUGGGGAGAAAGGGUUGGUUACAAGUAUGGCUCACUAGUGGAAGACUUCUAUACCAGCCUUGUAUUACAUAGCAAUGGCUGGAAUUCAGUCUUUUGCAAUCCUGAGAGGCCGGCUUUCUUAGGAAGUUGCACAACCAACUUGAGCGACUGUUUGAUUCAAUGCACAAGAUGGUACUGUGGGUUGCUCGAAGUAGGUGUCUCGACCCUCUUUCGCUACAUAUUUGGGCCGGCAUCGAAGAUUUCGUUUCUUCAAGCCAUGUGCUAUGCAUACCUUUCUUUUCAACCACUUUAUUUUUUUCCUCUUUGGUGUUUAGCCACUAUUCCUCAGCUUUGUCUCCUUAAUGGCAUCAAUAUAUACCCAAAGGUAACUUCCCCAUGGUUCAUGGUCCUCUGUUUUGUUUUCUUAUCCGUUGUCUUCAGACAUAUGUUUGAUGUUCUCGCUACAAACGGAACUAUUCGAACGUGGGAAGGGGAGUGGAGAAUGUGGUUUGUUAAGUCGGUGACGGCUUCUUUCUAUGGAAGUAUGGAUGUGAUCAUGAAGUUGUUGGGGUUGAAGAAAACUAGCUUCUUGACCACUAAUAAAGUGGCCGAGAGCGAGCAAGUUAGGCUUUACCAAAUCGGUAAAAUCGAUUUCAAUGUGUCUCGUGCACUUAUAGUUCCUGUUGCGACAUUGGUGGUAAUAAAUGCGAUUGCUUUUGCUUUGGGAGGUUUGAAAGUUGUGGUUGAAGGCAGGUUGGAUGAGAUGUUUGGGCAAAUCUUCCUCUCUUUAUGUAUCUUGUUAGUAAAUUACCCAUUAAUUGAAGGGAUUUUAUUUAGGAAGGAUAAAGGGAGAGUUGCAAUUUCUGUAACCAUUUUGUCUCUUGUAUUUGCUGUAGUUUUCUUGUGUUUUGGGUCUGUCUGUUUCAUUCUCAUGUAUUACUAAUUUGGAGAUGGCUUCACAUUCUCAAUUAUAACUAUUCUAAUAAAGGGUUUUAGAGAGGAGACAGAUCUUACUAAAAAGUUAUAUGAUUUUUUAUUUUUGUUGUUGAUUA